GAGACUUCCAUCCUGGCCAACGGAGCUGGGUCCAACUUCAUGACUGGUAUCUUUCCCCCUGGGCGGAGCAGCGACCGCCGUCCCUCGGGGCGGGGACUGACCCCGAGCGCCCCGUCCCGCCCCGCCCCGCGCGCCUGGCACCACCUUCCGGGGCGGUCCUGGCCCGGGCGCCGCGUUCCUCAACCCGCGCGGCGGGAGCGGCGGGCGAUGGUUCUGCCCGCGGGGGACCGGCCGGGGGCCGACGCGACCCAGGCCCUGAGCGCGCUGUGGGACUACCGCGUCUACGCGCGUCGCUGGGUCUUUCUGCUGGUGCUCAGCCUUCUCAGCUUCUCCAACGCCACGCUGUGGCUCAGCUUCGCACCCGUGGCCGACAUGAUUGCCCACCACUUCCUCCUCUCCACCGAGCAGAUCAACUGGCUUUCGCGAGUCUACUUCGUGGCGUCCAUCCCGUCUGGCGUGGUGGCCAUCUGGGUUCUGGAUUCUGUUGGGCUCCGCUGGGCAACCAUCGUGUGCGCAUGGCUGAACUUUGCCGGGAGUGUGUUCCGAACCUUGCCCUUCAUGGUCGGCGGGAUCCAGGACCCAUUUGCCUUCCUCAUGGGUGGGCAGAGCCUCUGUGCCCUGGCCCAGACCCUGGUCGUCUUCUCUCCGGCCAAGCUGGCUGCCUUGUGGUUCCCUGAGCACCAGCGAGCCACGGCCAACAUGAUUGGCACCAUGUCAAACCCCCUGGGCAUCCUGGUGGCCAACCUGCUGUCACCUGCCCUGGUGAAGAAGGAGGAGGACAUCCCCUUGAUGCUGGGCAUCUAUAUCAUCCCUGCCGGCAUCACCUGCCUGCUGGCCACCGCCUGCCUCUUGGAGAGCGUGCCCCCCACCCCACCCUCCGCCAGGGCCAUCCACUCCACCUCAGAGAAGUUCCUGGAUGGGCUGAAGCUGCUCUUGUGUAACAGAGCCUAUGUCGUCCUGGCCGUGUGUUUCGGGGGCGGCAUCGGCAUCUUCUCCAGCUUCUCGGCCCUCCUGGAGCAGGUCCUUUGUGUGAGGGGCUACUCCAACGAAUUUAUAGGCCUUUGUGGGGCUCUCUUCAUUGUGUUUGGGGUCCUGGGGGCCCUGGUUCUCAGCCUGUAUGUGGACCGGACCAAGCUCUUCACCGAAGCGGUCAAGAUUGGCUUCUGUCUGACCUCCGUGGUCUGUGUGGCCUUCGCUCUGGUGUCUCAGCUGCAGGGACAGACCCUCGCGCUGGCUGCCAUCUGCUCACUGCUUGGCCUCUUUGGUUUCGCGGUGGCACCCAUUGCCAUGGAGCUGGCCGUUGAGUGCUCCUUCCCUGUGGGUGAGGGUGCGGCUGCGGGCCUGAUCUUCGUGCUGGGGCAGGCCGAGGGCGUGCUCAUCAUGGUCCUGCUGACUGCCCUGACCGUGCGCCGUGCGGAGCCGUCUGUCUCCACCUGCCAGGAUGGCCAGGGCCCACUGGACUGGCGGGUGUCCAUGCUGCUGAUGGCUGGCCUCUGCACCCUCUUCAGCUGCUUCCUGGUUCUCUUCUUUCACACUCCAUACCGGCGCCUCCAGGCUGAGGCCAGUGCGAGCUGCUCCAUCCAGGAGGACAUGUCCCCUGCGACCGUGGACCGCGAACCCCACCCGGCAGCCACCCCCUGAGGCAUCCACACGACCUCCGGCACUGGCGCCCUAGGAAGCUCGGGGCCACUCAUCCCUAGAGCUGUUCUCCUGGCCCCGCCUUCUUGUUCCUGGGAGCCCUGAGCCCCUGGAACCCUCAGGACUUGCAGAGAUGUCACAAGGGUCCCUGACGAGAUCUGGAAGCUAAGAGAGCAGUUAGUGCAUCAAGAAGUGGUUCUGGGGACGUGAAGGGGAGGCCAGAAGAGACAGGCUUUGGUCACAGGGUGACAUCUUCAUGCAGGUGCCAGAGGGACUUGGGGCAAGGCAGGGUGGCCCAGAGGAGACCCUGUGGCUGUGGCAAGAACCGCUGGAGCCGUGUGACAAGCAGACACCCCAGUGGCCAGGCCAGACCCAGGGCGGCUGGUGCUGGAGCAGCGUAUGGGUGUGGACCUAGCAAGAGAGGCAAGAGCGAGGGGGACAUGGAGGGAUUGGGGCCCCUGGGGGCCCCUAGCAUGACCGAGUCUGGAGUCGACAGUUGUGAGAAAGGCCGUGUUUGGGGGAUCCCAAGCCGUAGCUUUACUCAAC